AUGGCCAACGAAGAGCCAACGAAGAGCCCGGCCGUACAGGGCCAGCCGCACAGGGCCAGCCGCACCGGGCCAGCCGCACAGGGCCAGCCGCACCGGGCCAGCCGCACCGGGCCAGCCGCACAGGGCCAGCCGCACAGGGCCAGCCGCACAGGGCCAGCCGCACAAGGCCAGCCAACACAGGGCCAGCCGCACCGGGCCAGCCGCACCGGGCCAGCCGCACAGGGCCAGCCGCACAGGGCCAGCCGCACAGGGCCAGCCGUACAGGGCCAGCCGCACAGGGCCAGCCGCACCGGGCCAGCCGCACAGGGCCAGCCGCACAGGGCCAGCCGCACCGGGCCAGCCGCACAGAGCCAGCCGCACAGGGCCAGCCGUACAGGGCCAGCCAACACAGUGCCAGCCGCACAGGGCCAGCCGCACCGGGCCAGACGCACCGGGCCAGCCGCACCGGGCCAGCCGCACAGGGCCAGCCGCACAGGACCAGCCGUACAGGGCCAGCCGUACAGGGCCAGACGCACCGGGCCAGCACAGGGCCAGCCGCACAGGGCCAGCCGCACCGGGCCAGCCGCAACCAGCCGCUGGGGCCAGCCGCACCGGGCCAGCCGCACAGGGCCAGCCGCACAGGGCCAGCCGCACAGGGCCAGCCGCACCGGGCCAGCCGCACAGGGCCAGCCGCACAGGGCCAGCCAACACAGUGCCAGCAGCACAGGGCCAGCCGCACCGGGCCAGCCGCACCGGGCCAGCCGCACAGGGCCAGCCGCACAGGGCCAGCCACACAGGUGA